CAAUUGACUUUGGAAUCACUUUGCAGGUGUGCCAGUUUGCUAUUUAUCAUCUCCCAUGAAACAGCUGUUAGGAUCUGAAGACUACUCUAAUUCACAUGAUUAUUUAAAUGAGCUUAGUUGGCGAGAGUUGUCCUCUACAGAAUCGGAGCUGAAUGUCAAAUCCAGGAAAUUUGGUAGAAUGAGAUGUGCAGUGCUCUUACUGCCUAGAUCUGAAAUUGAAAACAUUGAGAAAUCAUUUAGUGGAAAUAGAAAAUCUGGUUCUAUUCAGAUUAGUCCUACCCCAGAGGGACCAUGGACUAAUGUGAGGCUAAACUAUUCUGCACCUGCUGCUUGUUGGAGAUUGGGCAAUGAGGUGGUUGCAAGUGAAGUCAGCGUAAUUGAUGGAAACCGAUAUGUCAACAUCAGAUCUUUAGUAUCAGUUCAUAACAGAACUGACUUUUCGCUAGAUGUGUGCCUCCAGCUCAGAGCUUCAAAUGAAAAUACGAAUUCAAUAUCAGGUGAGAGAAAGGAGGUUAACUAUGAUGCAAAUGAAUUUGCGACGGAUGAGUUCUUUGAAACUGAGAAAUACAAUCCAAAAAUUGGUUGGGUUCCAUGUUCUGACUAUGAGGAGGGAGUUUCAGGAGUUGAGUUGCCAUCAGGGUGGGAAUGGGUUGAUGAAUGGCAUGUAGAUAAUACUUCGGUAAACACAGCUGAUGGAUGGGUUUAUGCUCCAGAUUUUGGAAGUUUGAAGUGGCCAGAGUCUCACUAUCCAUUAGAAUACGGAAACUAUGUGAGACAAAGGAGGUGGAUUAGGAAGAGGAAACCAGUGGCCAAAGAUUUCAAAUCGCAAAUAUAUCUUGGGCCCUUAAAACCGGGUGAAAUUAUUCCACUUCCUUUGUCUUGCCUGACACAGUCUGCACCAUAUGUAUUGCAAUUGAGGCCUUCAAAUGUGGAAAAUGCCGUCGAAUAUACAUGGAGUUGUAAAAUGGGUUUGUCCGCUAGAUCACAGGAUGUGAUGAGUUCGAAAGAAGUUUCUGAAAUAUGUGUGUCAACUCUCAGAGAGUCCGAGGAACUCUUGUAUUGUUCUGGGAUAAGUGGAAGCUCAUCAAAUAGUUCACAUGGUAUGUGGUUUUGUUUGAGCAUCCAAGCAGCGGAAAUUGCCAAGAACAUUCAUUUUGAUCCAAUUCUGGAUUGGACAAUUGUGGUCAAAUCUCCUAUAUCUAUUGCCAAUUAUCUCCCUCUUGCAGCUGAAAUUUCUGUUCUUGAGAUGCAAGCAAGUGGUCAUUUUCUUUCCUGCUUUAGGGGGGUAUUUAGUCCUGGGGAGACUGUCAGGGUCUAUAAUGCUGAUAUAAGAAGUCCUCUAUACUUCUCUUUGCUUCCACAAACAGGAUGGUUGCCCCUACAAGAGGCCAUUCUCUUAUCCCAUCCUAGCGAUGUACCAUCAAAAACUUUAAGUUUGAGAAGUUCAAUUUCUGGAAGGAUUGUUCAAAUAGUUCUUGAACAAAGCCCUACCAAAGAAAGGCCUUUGCAGGCAAGGAUCAUCAAAGUCUAUUCUCCUUGCUGGCUUGCGAUUGCAAGAUGCCCGCCACUUAGUUUUAGGCUUGUUGAUAUGGGUGUCAGAAAAUCAAAGAUUCCUCUGUCUUUUACGACAAAGAGGAUCAAAGAAGUCACUCUGGAGGAGAUUACAGAGGAAGAGAUACAUGAAGGUGCAACAAUUGCAUCUGCAUUGAAUUUCAAGUCAUUGGGCCUUUCAGCAUCUAUAAGCCAAGCUGGAGGAGAGCAUUUUGGGCCUGUUAAGGAUCUUUCUCCACUUGGAGACAUGGAUGGCUCUCUGGAUCUUUUUGCUUAUAAUGCUGAUGGAAAUUGUAUGCGGCUCUUUAUAUCUUCAAAACCUUGUCCCUACCAAUCAAUUCCAACAAAGGUGAUCUCUGUCCGUCCAUAUAUGACUUUUACAAACAGACUUGGUCAAAUAAUAUAUCUGAAGUUAAGCAGUGAAGACGAACCCAAGGCUUUGAGGGUAUCUGAUACAAGAGCCUCCUUCGUAUAUCGUGAAUCUGGUAGGCCCAACGAGAUUCAGGUACGACUGGAUGAUACAGAUUGGUCAUUUCCUAUUCAAAUAUUGAAGGAGGAUACCAUUACUCUGGUCUUAAGGAAACAUGAUUGUACACGGAGAUUUUUACGGACUGAAAUUCGAGGUUAUGAGGAUGGAUCUCGCUUUAUAGUUGUAUUCCGCCUGGGAUCAGAAAAUGGUCCGAUUAGGAUUGAAAACAGAACAAAAAACAGGAUGGUAAGAUUUCGCCAAACAGGAUUUGGUGAUGAUGCGUGGAUUCUGCUACAUGCACUUUCAACCACGAACUUUUCUUGGGAAGAUCCAUAUGGCCAAAAAUUCAUUGAUACUGAGAUUCAUGGUGCCAGUAGUAAUGUAAUCUGUAAGAUUGAUGUAGAUAAUUAUGGGUUAUCCUCUGUGGAAGAUGAGUUGGGCUUGUUCGUCCAUGUUGCAAAUAUUGGAGAUAUUAAGGUUAUUAGGUUUGUAAAUGAAAGCACACCUUUUUCAAGAUCAAACGAAGGAAGUGAGUCAUUAGUGCAAUGGGGUAAUUGGGGAAAUGCUCACCUACAAACUACGAUGUCAGAGCAGGGAUCUCCCUUGGAGCUUAUUGUCGAGUUGGGAGUCGUCGGGAUUUCUACCGUGGACCAUCAACCAAGAGAGCUUGUCUACUUGUAUAUGGAGAGGAUCUUUAUUUCCUAUUCGACUGGCUAUGAUGGUGGGACUACGAGCAGGUUCAAGCUUAUAUUUGGCUACAUGCAGCUUGACAAUCAGCUUCCUCUGACCGUAAUGCCUGUACUUCUGGCACCUGAACAAUCCCCUGAUGUGAAUCAUCCAGUUUUCAAGAUGACUGUAACAGUCUGCAAUGAAAACCUCGACGGUAUCCAGAUUUUUCCAUAUGUUUACAUACGGGUAAUUGAUACGGUUUGGAGGCUUGACAUCCAUGAGCCAAUUAUCUGGGCAUUGGUAGAUUUCUUCAACAAUCUCCAACUAGAUCGCAUUCCUCAAAAUUCCAGUGUCACUCAAGUUGAUCCUGAAUUACGUAUAGACUUAAUUGACAUUUCUAAAGUAAGACUUAAGGUGUCUUUGGAGACUGCACCUGCUCAAAGACCACAGGGGCUUCUGGGUGUGUGGAGCCCCAUACUGUCAGCCGUUGGGAAUGCAUUUAAAAUUCAGGUUCAUUUGCGCCGAGUGAUGCACAGAGACAGAUUUUUACGAAAAAGUACCAUUAUGUCUGCCAUUGGGAACCGUAUAUGGAGAGAUCUGAUUCACAAUCCGUUGCAUUUGAUUUUUUCAGUUGAUGUACUAGGCAUGACUAGCUCCACUUUGGCCUCUUUAAGUAAAGGUUUUGCUGAGCUAUCAACUGAUGGACAGUUUCUGCAGCUUCGUUCAAAGCAGGUUUGGUCAAGAAGAAUUACUGGUGUUGGUGAUGGAAUCAUACAAGGAACAGAAGCUCUUGCACAAGGUGUUGCUUUUGGAGUGUCGGGGGUUGUGAGGAAACCUGUGGAGAGUGCUAGACAAAAUGGUCUUCUUGGUCUUGCCCAUGGGCUGGGACAAGCUUUCCUGGGAUUUGUUCUACAGCCAGUGAGUGGGGCGUUGGACUUUUUCUCAUUGACUGUUGAUGGAAUUGGUGCGAGUUGUUCCAGGUGCUUAGAGAUUCUCAAUAACAAAAAAAACUUCCAGAGAGUACGAAAUCCCCGAGCCAUUCGUAGUGACAAUAUACUUAGAGAGUACUCUGAAAGAGAAGCUGUUGGUCAGAUGAUACUUUACCUUGCAGAAGCAAGUAGGAAUUUUGGAUGCACCGAUAUAUUCAAAGAACCAUCAAAAUUCGCCUGGUCAGAUUGCUAUGAAGAACAUUUUAUGGUACCUUACCAACGGAUUGUUUUAGUGACCAAUAGACGAGUCAUGCUGCUGCAGUGUCUGGCUCUAGAUAGGUUAGAUGAAAAGCCCUGCAAGAUCAUGUGGGACGUGCCGUGGGAAGAACUUAUGGCCGUGGAGUUGGUCAAAGCUGGCUACAUGAGACCUUCUCACUUAAUUAUCCAUCUGAAAAACUUUAGGAGAUCAGAAAACUUUGUUCGAGUCAUAAAAUGCAAUACAGAAGAAGAAACAGAGGAAAGAGAACCGCAAGCAGUUAGAAUCUGCUCAGUGGUCCGUAGAAUGUGGAAGGCAUACCUCGCCGACAUGAAAAGCAUAUCAUUUAAGGUUCCUUCAAGCCAAAGAUAUGUGUCUGCUUCUUGGAGCGAAAAUGGAGGAAGAGAAUCUCGUAGACAUCACAGAGCCGUUAUCACGUCAGUGGAAAUUUCUUCUUUGGUUUCUGUUUCCAAUGACCGGAGAUUUGUCAAACAUAGUGUCAACUUUUCUAAGGUUUGGAGCAGUGAGCAAGAAUCAAAAAGUCGGUGCACGUUAUGCCGAAAGCAGAGUUUGGAGGACGAGGAAAUUUGUAGUAUCUGGCGGCCUGUUUGUCCGGAUGGGUAUAUCUCGAUUGGUGAUAUAGCACGUACUGGCAAUCAUCCUCCUAAUGUUGCAGCAGUAUAUUCCUUUUCUGAUGAAUUAUUUUCCCAUCCAGUGGGUUAUGACCUGGUUUGGAGAAAUUGUUCAGAUGACUACAAAACUCCAGUAUCAAUUUGGCAUCCACGGGCACCUGAGGGCUUUGUAUCUCCUGGUUGUGUUGCUGUACCAAGUUUCACAGAGCCAGAACCAAAUACUGUAUAUUGCAUUGUUGAAUCUCUUGCCGAGGAGACUGUGUUUGAAGAACAAAAGAUUUGGUCGGCACCUGACUCGUAUCCGUGGGCAUGCCACAUUUACCAAGUGAAAAGCGAUGCACUUCACUUUGUUGCAUUAAGACAGCCUAAGGAAGAAUCUGACUGGAUCCCCGAAAGGGUUCGUGACGAACCCCAGCUUUGAAUGUAUGCUUAAUGAGCUUUACGGGGUGAGAAUUCAACGGAAAGAUCGAGCUUCCUUCAAUUUUUGCUUUAAUGGUGCUGUUCCUGGAAGAUUGUGGUCGACGGCCCACCAAAGAUGACGCUUAUUUUGACAUGCAUUAGGUCGUAAGGCUUUUAUGAAAAUAUAAAAUUAUAGUUUUGUGAAUUCUUCAGAGUGCUUCUCUGUUUUUGGUGAGGUCAAGUAUUGAGUUUUGGAAACAUUGCCUCUGCUGUAUAUUGUACCUCAACGCCUUAGAAAUAUGCUUCUCUGUUGCUUUUUUCGAUAUUAUAACAGUAGAACUACAUUUGAAGAUAAUUUGUAUAGUCAUACGUAUUUUCAAUGAUGGUGGAGCUGUACAGAACUGUGUAAUUCCAGACUUCUGCAUUAAAUUUUCCUUUCACAAAAUACAGAAAUUACAUUAAUCCUCUA